AUGGAACCCAUGAACUACCUGGUCAGGAGAGGCUUUAGGCCUUCCGCCUGGAAGUAUGGAAAAUGGCGCCCCAUUGGGAAGACCGUUUCAGAGCGAAGACGCAUAUCCAUCCAACCCGUGCCCUCAGUUGAAUCAAACACUGUUAAUGCGAGCUAUCUUCCGGCCGCGUCGACUCCAAGUUCUGUGACGUCCCCGGGUUUGUGCAUAGUCUCCAAUGACGCCAGCUUCGAAGUCCUUGGCUCGCCCUAUUCUCUCCUCUCCGUUUCUCUCUCCGCGUCCCAGAACCUAUAUACAAGACGCGGUACGCUUGUCGGGCUAACAGGGAAAUCAGAAAAUGUUGUUUCUACCCUCAGGCUACUUGAGCCUCUCCGACGAGCUGCACUGCGCAUGCCAUUCCUAUAUCAAAAGAUAUCCUCCGCCAGUCCUGUUAAUGCCCUUAUUUCCGUCCGAUCCCCAAUAACUUCAUUUGCUGUUGUUCAACUGGAUGGUACAGUGGAUUGGAUGAUUACACAACGCGAUGCUUUGCUUUCGUGGACUGGACACGCAUUAACCGUGAAACCAACACUCAACAGAGAGCUAAGUUUGGUUCAUUGGGGUAGUUCAAAGGUGACUGGACGUGGCCUGUUAGCGGUCGUGGGGAAAGGUCAGGUCUAUUCAAUUAAUCUGAGAGCUGGGGAACGAUAUAUUGCCCAUCCUAGCAAUGUCGUCGCAUACACCAUAAAUUCUCACUGGCCGCGCCCGUUUCGGUUCAAAUCAACUUCUCUAAAGUUCCAGAUUCCGAAGCUUGGGCUAGGCACUUUAUUGAUGAAAUCUAAUUUCCUAAGAAACUUGGCCGAUUCGGACACAUGGAAAGCCACUAUGAGGAUUUUCCACACUGUUCGGACGUGGGCGAGGAGAACUAUCUGGGGGGAUAGGUUGUUCUUACAAUUUGAAGGACCAGCAACCGUUCUCAUUCAGUCGCGAGCAUCGCGAAUAGCCGAGUCUCUGACGGCCCGUGAAGUGAAUGAGAUUGCGAGCACUCAACCAGGUGUUACCAGGGAAGCUACAGAAACCGUUGAGGCACGACUUGAAAAGCAAUCGCCCCCACCUGCCAAAGAUGACGGAAUGAAAACUGUGGGCCAGUCUGUUGCUUCUGUUCGACGAGAUGGCAAGGUCGAAUUCGAAAAAGUUGAUGGAGUUUGAACAAAAACACGCUCUUCUAGAAAAAGAGGCUUGCCUGUUUGGAUAGUCAUAACUUCAGGAAGUGCUGUACUUUUAGUUCUAUAUACCUAUUAUCGCUU